GGAAGUCCAAACACGCGCACAUAUCGAGGCUGCGCUCCGUGUGUCAGGAUGCAUGUGGGCAGGACCGCGCGGUGAGGACCGCUGCUCAAAGCCGAACGGGACCCCCGGAGGAAGACACAACACCCAAGGAAGCUCAAGUUAGCUGGCUAACUUGCUGCUAAAAUACAUUUUUCCUUUUUCUUUUUAAAUGUCCCCUCUCCGCGCUUCGCAAACGGAACGGGACGGUUCCUGUUGACGUCCCCCGUGCCCGGUCCCCCUCCCCAACCCACCCACUCACUCACUCACUCACUCCCGGAGCCGUGAGUUAUGCUCUCGCGAAAGAAAAGUAAAAAAGAAGCGUCGAAACCAGCCGAGGUCCAGGGGAAGUAUGUGAAGAAGGAAACGUCGCCGCUCCUGAGAAAUCUUAUGCCCUCAUUCAUCCGUCAUGGACCCACUAUUCCCAGACGCACAGAGGUCCCUCUUCCGGAUAUGGGGCCCUCUUCCUACCCUCUGCCACCCGCCCGGGAGCCUGUUGUGUCCCGCAACAAGAGUUUUCUCCGCGUCCCCGUGCAGAGGCCUCCCCACGAGGUGGCCCGCAGGGAGAGCCACCGGAUGUCUGCACCUCCGUACCUGCCUCGCAGCCUGGGAGACCUGCCUCACGAAUACGGGGGCUCCUCACAGUCUUUUCUCACAGACGUGAGCCCCAUGUCUGAGAAUGGAGACGGUGCCCGGUAUUACUACCCCUCUGAACCUUACUAUGACAACCAGCAGCAGCAGCAGCAGCAGCAUCAUCAGCAGCAGCAGCAGCAGCAGCAGCAGCAGCAUCAUCAUCAGCAACAACAGCAGCAUCAGCAGCACCAGCUGCAGCAGCAUCAGCACCAGCUGCAGCAACAGCAACAGCAGCAUCAGCAGCAGCAGCAGCGCCAGCCCAUGAGGGCCCUGGACCGCUUUCCUGAGGACUAUAGAUACUAUGAGCUCAAUGAACACAACUUCCAAAGACUUCCACGACAACACACUCCCCCAGCUCCAAGCAGAGCCCCCUCAGGCAUAGGUCGAAUACAGGCCAAGUCCCUGGGGAACCUCUCCUGUCUAACGGGGGCAGAGGACAUCCCCCUUCCGGGCGGCUGGACCGUUGACUGGACCAUCCGCGGCAGGAAGUACUACAUUGACCACAACACGAACACUACACACUGGAGCCACCCUCUGGAGAGGGAAGGGCUCCCCCCGGGCUGGGAGAAGGUGGAGUCGGCUGAGUUUGGGGUCUACUACGUGGAUCACAUCAACAAGAGGGCACAGUAUCGACACCCCUGCGCUCCGAGUGUGCCUCGCUAUGAUCAGCCUCCACCACUCCCACCUCCUGUGACCUAUCAGCCUCGUCCUGUGGACCGGAACCAGCCGGUGCUGGUGCCAGCGAACCCGUACCACACAGCAGAGAUCCCAGACUGGCUGCAGGUGUACGCCCGUGCCCCGCUCAAGUAUGACCACAUCUUGAAGUGGGAGUUGUUCCAGCUGGCGGACCUGGACACGUAUCAGGGCAUGCUGAAGCUGCUCUUCAUGAAGGAGCUGGAACACAUCGUCAAAUCCUACGAGGCGUACCGGCAGGCGCUGCUGUCGGAGGUGGAGGCUCGCAAACAGCGGCAGCAGUGGUACGCCCAGCAGCCCAACAAGAACUUCAUUGGGAACAUGUGAUGUGCGUGUGUGUGUGUGUGUGUGUGUGUGUGUGUGUGUGUGUGUGUGUGCAGCGGGUGACGUCGCGCUGCCACUCCUCUGAGGUCGCCACAGUUUGGGAGCGGUCGGCGUUUCCUUUGAAAUCACGAUUGACUCUUAAUUGCCUCUUUACCAAACACAUCUGUGCCUUCGCUUGAUCCAAAUAUAUCAGCCAGGAAGUCGAGACACCCAGUAACCCCCACCACACCCCCCCUCCCGUGUGACAGUCAAUCUAUGAAUGACCAUGUGACUGAAAAACACUCCAAUGAAGAAGAAUAACCUAUAAUGUGCAACAUCUGGGAAGGAUUGUGGUGCCAUUUGCAGCCACGGCCCUGAGAACUGAAUUGCUGAAUGGAUUUAAGUUUUUAAGACUGAGAACAGAGAAACUACGGAUAUUUGUUCAAAAACAUCCUGAGAUUGUGCCGCCGCCUUUUUUUUUUCUUCGCAGCAAUUUUAAUACGCCAGCUACUCCGUCAUUGUUUCCUGUUGGAGAAAAAUGACCGGUGGCUUAAUCUAAUUUGUUUCUAUAUGAAAUACUUCAUGACUUUUUUUUUUUUUUUGCCUUCGCUUUGAUAUCUUUAUAAACUGAAACCACACUUUUUACAUUAAAUGAAAAGGCGCGCUUUUUUUUUUUUUUUUCUUCUCCUUUUUUAUAUGACAUAUCCUUAAUAAGACAAUCCUCCAAAACCUUCACAGAUAUUUAAGUUUUUUUGAUAUGAAACACAUCUUUAUUUACAGGCUGGAUGAAGCAAAACAUUUGAUGCAGUGGUUAGAGCGACUUGUGGCUCUUGGCAUUACUGUAAGUCAGGAAUAGUGCGUGUAAUGAAACAUAAAUAAGCUACUGGAACUUUAUAAACACUUCAGAAGACGCACAAGUUUGCCAAACAAGUGCAAUUCAGCUUCUCCUUGUUCUGUUAUUCUGGGAUAUUUCUUGCCUUGGGAAUGCCUUAUUUUUAUGGACUGACACGUCUCUGUGGAAGAAAUGCAAGUUCUUGUAAGCAAAUAAUUUUUUAUCACUAAUCAAUCAGUUUAAGCCGUUUUAAGAGAGUCAGAAAUGUUUUUUAUGCCGGAGGUUUUGUCUAGUAGAAAUUAUUUUCACAGUUAAAGAAGGAAAAAAAACACAUUUUAAUGGGGAUCUGUUUACGGCGGUGAUUACAAAGCCAAACAUUUCUGAAUGUCCUGAAAGGGUUUUCUGAUCAUUUAACAGUGGAACACAUUUGUAAAGAACCGCUCUUCAACGAGUCCUUCACUAUGCAAGAUGGUCUCGAUCGCUUCCCUCCAGAAGGGUGUUGUCGCUUUGUACAUAUCUGAUUUUUGUGGAUUGCAAAUACAGAACAUAAAGCAAUAAAGUCUGCAGUGAAG